AUGUCAGGUUGGGAUCAGUAUAUCACAAACUUAACCAGUCAAGGCAUUUCGCAUGCUGGAAUAUUUGGUGCUGAUGGUUCAAAAUGGGCGGCAUCACCGAAUUUUCCUAAUAUCGAUAAUCUCAAAGAAGAAUUGCCCAGAGCUUUUUCAGCCCAACCAGCUGGUAUUUUAGUUAAUGGUGAAAAAUACAUAUUCAUUCGUAAUCAAGACAAUUUCGUUGUCUUUCGAAAAGGUGCUGAUGGUAUGGUUGUCGUGAAACUAAAUCAAGCUUAUAUCGUCUCGAUUGGUAUCAAUCAAAAACCAGAAAUGUUAGUAGGUGCAACUAGCAAGAUCGGUGAAUACUUGAAAAAUUGUGGCUAUUAA